AUGGGAGCAGAUGACGAUGAGGAGGAUGAAGAAACGGCGAAGGAGGCAGAGCAGCGUUGCAUGGAGCUGUCGGUGUAUUCAGCUGGGGGCGUAAUGCAAUCCAACACCAUGAAGCUGGUCGAAUGGGUCCAAGACCAAAGGAUCAUCGUGCNGAUCGACAGCGGGGCGAGUCACAAUUUUAUCUCAACCCACUUGGUCGAAGAACUGUGGUUAGAGAAAGAGCGGANGACACCUUAUCGGGUAUGUUUGGGAGAUGGCCAGAGAAAGGAGACACAAGAGUGUUGCAGAGGGCUCUCAGUGACACUGGAGGGAGCAGAAGUGCGAGAGGAUUUCUAUAUAUUUGAGUUAGGUGGAGUGGAUGUAGUGUUGGGAGUGGAGUGGUUGGCAACAUUGGGAGAGAUAAAGGUGGACUGGAAGAAGAUGACAUUGAAAUAUGGGCCGACGGAUGCUGAGGGGGUGAUAAGGGGGGACAACACAUUAAUAAGAAAAAUAAUUACCCCUGAAAUGCUGCAGAAGGAAGCUGAGAUAGAGACACUGGCGGUGGUGUGGAGUCUGAAUAAAGCUGAAACAGCAAAGGAAAAUUUAAGAGAAGAAGACUUAACGCCCAUGCAAAAAUAA